AUGAACGAUCUGUGCCGGUUGUGUUUGAAGAAGUGCGAACUUUUCGGAAUGCACAUCACUUCCGCCGAUGGUUUGCUGCGCAAUGUGCCCAAGAUGCUUCAGGAAUGCAUCUCGAUCGAAGUGAACGACCGUGAACCAAACAUGUUUUCGAAGCUGAUCUGCAACGAUUGCCUGUACAAGCUCGAGCUGUUCGCAGCCUUUCGGGAGCAGUCUUUGAAAAGCCAGGAAUAUUACUAUGGUCUGGUACUUUACUACCAGCAACCAGCACCCUGCUCGUCGACCGCGCCAGUGAUGGGUGCAGCGUGCGAGGUGUUUGGGAUCGUGAAUGGCUUACAAACGGGACAGCAAGCGGAUCCGGAGCACCAUACCGAGGACGACGCGCAGCACCAUCAAAUUCUGGCCGAUAUCAACUUCACCGGGAAUGAGUUUAUGAUGGACGAAACGGAAAAGUCUCAGCUGAACAAAGACUAUGAUGACAUAAUCCGGAGCCUGGAGAAGGACGACCUCGAUUUUACGACAAACGAUGACGACUUUCAAAUCAAGAACGAGUUGGGAAUGACGAUUUCUAAGACUGCCGAACAAAAAUACUGCCAAAACACCUUGAAGGAAGAUCAGCAGCAGCAACAGCAGCAGCAAUCGCAGGAUCUCUCGCAUCUCGAGCAAGACCAUCGGGACGAGCAGGUUCUUCUCUCGGACACCGCAACACGAUUAACGGACUGUUUUAAUCCCUACGAUGAGAUUGCUCAAUCAAUCGCAACCGAUGGCACCUUACACCAGGAUCAAGGAGCCACGGAGGACGACGGAAUCGACUACGAUGAUUUCGUUGGCAUGGCAACACCAUCGGACGUUCAUCAGGAAACGUCAAUCUCUGACAUCCAGGUGCAGCAUUUGAUGGAAGAUGUGGUGCAAGGAGAAGGUCUCGCCAUGGUGCAGACUGGACCAUCGCAGGACGCGUCAGUCAUCGUGUCGUCUACGGAUGAACUGCUGCAGGAACAACCUACACACACGACGCUGACCGCACCAGACACGGCAGACGAAUACCAACCGCAACCGAGUGAACCGGAAAUGCUUACCGGUCACACCGGGACUAGCAGCGAUGAUCUUCCUCCGGAUGGCAAAACCUGUGGCGUGUGUUUCAAAACGUUCCGCAGCCGGCAUAAGCUUAAGCGACACCUAAACACCCAUCUGCGGCUCGCACCGUUCAAGUGCACCUUCGACGGGUGCACGAAAGCGUUUAAAUCACGUAUCGGCCUCGAGGAACAUCUAGCGCGACACAACAACACGUUCGAGUACUCGUGUGACAUUUGCUCGAAGGGUUUUCAAAACCGCAGCUACCUGACGGCGCAUCGGCGGGCGCACAAUACGGUGCGCAACUUCCAGUGUAACCUGUGCGGGCAGACGUUCAAAGCGAAACAGGCCAUGCUGAACCACAAAAACCGCCACCUAGGAUUGAAACCGUUCGCGUGCGAUCACUGCGACAAACAGUUCACGACCAAUCCGCUGCUGCAGAGACACGUCCUCGAGAAACACCCCGUGACCAGCGCCACGGAAGUGCGCUAUCCGUGUGAAGAUUGUGGUAAAAGUUUCACCUCCCGCAGCUACCUGAAGGUUCACCGAAAGAUCCAUCGUAACGAGCGUUCGUUCGUUUGCGAGAUCUGCCAAAGAGGACACAUAACGCGCGUUGAUCUGGAGGUACACAUGACGACGCACACGGGCGAAAAGCCGUACAUUUGUGAGAUCUGCGGCAAGGGGUACUCCCGCCGGAACGCGCUGUACUGCCACCGGCGUACGCAUACCAAGGAGCGCCCGUACAGCUGUGAUAUCUGUGGCCACGUGUUUUCGCAGUACACACCACUGCAAGUGCACCGCCGAACACACCAUGAAAGCGGAAAGUGGAAAGCACAGGGGUCGACUGAGGAAGCAGCACCACAACAGGACUUACGGUGCACGAUCUUUGCGUGUAUGGCGUGUGACUUUGCGACAGAGUCCUCGUUAGAAGAGCACAUCAAAAUAAACCAUUCGCGGUAG